CCCAUACGGGCGGCCCUAUGGGUAUGUCACAAGCGUUGCAACAUCGACAUAGCAUGUUUAUAAACAUACACAGACGGAUUUAGCUCAUUUUACCUAGACACCAGGACAGAACGAAGCAGCAGUCAAUGUUGUGAUGAACUAGUAACGCGGACGAAACGUAGAGGAGAUAAUGUCAAGGUAGCGACACGCUCCCCGUCCACAUGUUCAGUGGACAGACUGACGCACGAGACUAGCGACACGCCGUAUGGUGAAAGGAAAAUAGCAACAAGGUCCUGAACCUGACUGCAUUCUUUUAUAGAAUUGGUGUUAGAAGAAACGUCCCAAAAUGACGCUGGGGAAUCUGACAAAGGAGUUUCACAAACUCCAGAAGAAUAUCAGGACGCUGUCUGGCGGACAGGCUGAGAUUGCCGAAUGGGAUGACGAAGACGUGUCCACUUUCAAGGUGGAUGUCAAGCCCCGUGACGGAGUGUACAAGGGGGGCACCUUCUGCUUUAAGGUGGCACUGGGAGAAACGUUUCCAGAAACAGCACCAGUGAUCCGGUGUGAAACACAGAUAUACCACCCCAACAUUGAUCCAACAGAAGAAUACGAUGACACCAAUGUCUGCCUGAACAUGUUCAACUCGGAUGAAUGGCAAGAGGCUUAUGGGAUAGAUGGCAUAGUACAGGGCCUCCUCUUUCUCUUCUAUGAGCCAAACCUGGAAGAUCCCUUGUCACCAUACUUUGAUUCCACAUCUGAGGAGGAAUUUGAAACAAACGUCCUUGCCUCUCUGAAGGGAGAAAUAGUGGAAGGUGUGCAGUAUGUGUGGAAUUUCGGGGAAAAGGAGACUUCGAAAGAAAAUGUUGAUCCAGAUUCUAAUACAACCAAGGGGGAUAAUUCUAAAAACAAUAUGGAGGAUAAAGCUGAUAUUGCAAAGGGAGAUAACCCCAAUGUUGAAGAUGUAGUUAUUCUCCGAGAGAAGAGACAAGGGGUUGACUUAGAUAUUAUUCGACAGAGGAGACAAGGGAUACAUUGUGACAAUAUCAGUAUGAUCAGUGACCCACAGUGCAAUAACCUGUCAUCUGCCGAUGUGGGGGAUCAAUCAGACAACCUCCUCCCUGAACCCUGCGACCCCUCCGAAAGUUUCAUGGUAAAAACUGAGGACCUGACCACACAGACAAGUGAUUCAAAUCCACCGGAUUUGAUUCCCACUGCAAAUACUUUGCCAGACUGUCAAGAUGUCACCGCGGCAUCAGGCAGCUGUGACUUGCAUCAGCCACUGGUGGACAGUGGGGGUCAAGAUCUGUCCGUCCAGUCCGAGAUUAACCUAUCACAUCAAGGUGUGACUCUAUGCUCCUAUGAUGCUGUCAUGCCGGAGAUGAACCUGUUCUUCCUAAUGAUAAACAAACUGACAAAACUGUUCAAAACAUGUCCUCAAAAGUGUAAGAAAUAAGACAUUGUUCUUAUAACCUAAUUUAUAUAUUUUCAAGUUUUGUUAAAAAUACGCUGUGUUUCUAUGAUGAUUAAUUUGUCGGAAAACAAAUAAUCAUUAGGAUGUAUUGUCAACUGCUGUGAAAAGAGCUUGUUACUGAGUGAGUGAGUGAGUGAGACAGUGUUUGUUUCUGUAUGUGUGAAUGAGACAAGUGCUUGAUUCUAUGUAUGUGAAUGACGAGAGACAAGUGCUUGUUUAAAUAUGUGUGAAUGAUAACUGCUUGUUUCUGUAUGUGUGAAUGAGACAAGUGCUUGAUUCUAUGUAUGUGAAUGACGAGAGACAAGUGCUUGUUUAAAUAUGUGUGAAUGAUAACAGUGCUUGUUUCUGUAUGUGUGAAUGACAAAAGUGCUAUAUACUGUGUGUGUGUUUUAAGAGAGUGAGAUAUAUGUGUAUCCACAGUCUUUCAAUGGUUUGGAUAUUUCAUGUAUGGUAUUACAUUAUUAUUUAUUUGUUGAUUAACUCCUGACAUUUGCAAUACAUUGUUUAUAUAUGAA